GAUAACGCUAUCUAUCCUUGUUGUUGUUACCGGCAUAUUACCAUUUGAAAAAUUAUAGUAUAACAAGCAUGUAGAGUCUUGUCUGCAUUACAAACAAUAGUAUUAUUCAAUAAUCUAACAUGUUCUGACAUGCAUACUUUAAACCUGUAGAAGAAAUCCCUACCAUAAAAUAUACAUGUGAGGGUUUCAAAAUCUGAAAUGAAAUCAGUCUAUCACCACUCUUCGUUCGAUUAAGUGCGUUGUUCUGUGAUUAAAUUUUUGAGUAUGGCUGGUUCGAUUGAAAACAUGCGUGCUGUUUACAAGAAGAAUGUUUUUACAUAUGUGCCUCCGUCACCACCAGCUAACCUAAUCGAUUGCAGUAAUUUUUUCCUUGAUUUUUCAUCUCGCAAGUUUUUAAACAUCGGACUCGAUCCGACAGAUGAAUUCAACACCGUGAUUCACAUUAUAACACCAUCACGUUUUGUAAAUAUUUCCGCCGAUUUUCUCAAACGUAUUUUCCGACUUAUGGGGAACAUUUUAUCAUUUAUACUUGAACAACCACAAAAGUAUAAGCGUAAUUUAUUUUUGGAUUCCGAUUCAAUUACAAUAUCUAGUAUGGUGUACCAAGGAGAGAAUAUGCUCAUUAUAGAGUCUAAAAUUCAAGACGGAUGUCGCAUACUGUUAAAUCGUAACGACUUAUUAAAGUUACAAGAUUUAGAGUGGUCAAUUUUCGAGAUCAUCGAGAGAAAAACCAAAAUCGUUAAACCGCUCGUAAUACAACAAAUUAAUCAAAUCGCAUCAUACUUAAAAACAAAUACCAAGGUUGAAACUAGAACGCUUGAAGAUAUGACAAUUCGCGUGAAAAACAUUAACAACAUUUGCAUUGCAACACAUGUAAAUGACUACAAUUUCACAAGUCAGCUUCAAUUACAUGCAGCUAAACAUAUCGCACAAAGAUGGUUGGACGAAUUAGAAAAAGAUGAGGGAUACGAGAAACCUUUUUCACCGCCAUCAUUUUACACUAUAUUUAAUGAGGAAAUUCUUUCUGAUAUCUCCCCUCCAUCACAGACAAGCUGUACAGACGAAAACGAUGGACCAUACGGCCCGCAAUACAAUACUUAUACAGACGAAAACGAUGGACCAUACGGACCGCAAUACAAUACUUAUACAGACGAAAACGAUGGACCAUACGGACCGCAAUACAAUACUACCAACUCACUACCCAAAAGACGACACACUGUUUAAUAUACUUUUGUGUAAAAAUAUUUUUGUAUAAAAUUUGUAUAGUAUUUGUGUAAAAUAAAAACAA